AUGGAAGAUACUUGGAAGUUAAUAGCCAUAAAAACCAAUUCUUUAAGAAAGGAGAUACCGAAGUAUCAAGGCGCUGCAGUUGAAACCGCCAAAGGUUUAGCAGCCUUUGGAAUACAAUGUAUCUGUGACAAGAUCACUUUGAUAAAGUCCAGUCUUUGUAGUCCAACUAAAUGGCAAAUUGUUGAAUUAAGAGGUGCGAUUAUUCCUGUCACUUGGGACUCAAGAACGGGUAUAAUGCCAGUGUUUGAAUUACUAGUCACUUUUCAGGCAAAUAUCUUUAAUUAUAAAAACAUUACUAUUUUUAUUUAUAUAUUUUAUUCUGUUUUUCAGAAUGAAUAUGACCUCCAAAAGAACAUUUUGAAGAAGCUGCGACGAGAAAACAGCUUUUUCGAUCCAAUUGAUGAAAAGGAGAGUAUCCAAGAUCAGUUUGGGAAUACAGAUCUUUUAGAAUAA